ACACAGCGAGAGAGACAGAGAGAGAGAGAGAGAGAGAGAGAGAGAGAUAGCGAGGGAGUGAGGGAGAGAGGGAGGGAGACAGUUAGAGAAGAAGGCUGCACUGGCUCCAAACCCUCCCAGGUUCUCUCCUCCGUCACAGCUUCAAGCUCUCUGUCACUGGCAGAGGCAGCAGCCACGCGUGGAUUACAGACCUUUGCGCAUUUCACCCAACUUUGCACAUCAGGACUGCAAUGACAGGAUAGACUUCUGAUUUCUAUGCCUUUCACUGAGAUGCAAAGAGAACUGGAAACAUUUGACUGGACUGAGCCUCCAAAAAAGGAUUUUUGCAAUGUUUUUCUACCAUCUGGGUGGACAUUUUAAGUUCAAGAUAUGAUAUGGAAAACAUGUUGCUUUUGAAAACAGAAGAAGAACUCUUUUCUUGGUCUUCAUUGACCCUCGGAUCAUUGAUGGAAAGGUAAAAACAACUUUUUUUUAGGUAUUGAGGCACUGAUCGGAGUUAGAGUUCUUUUACUAUCAGGUUCUUUAAUAACAACAUAUUUUUAACAUCUUCUUACAGCCUCUGAGGAGCAGACGUGGGAAUUGAUUUUUGGAACAUGUCAGAGUUAGAGAGAGCUAAAGUCCAUGUUCACAAAGAUGAAUACAAGGAAUGUUGCUUUUCUUCUCUUUAGGGUUUUGUCAGUUGUGACACGUCAGUUGUGAAAGGCUACUCUUAUACUGCAUAUUAUUCAAAUUGGGCCAGCGGCGUUGCCUCUGAACAAUAUGAAUGGAACCAACGCUACGAGUCCCUAUCAGGAGGCUUCCGGCCCCUGGCUUUUGGUGCUCAUGGUGUUCAUCAUCAUGAUCAUUGUACUGGGCAACCUGCUGGUCAUCAUUGCCAUUGCACGCACCUCCCAGCUCCAGACAAUGACCAAUAUCUUCAUCAUGUCUCUGGCCUGUGCUGACCUCAUCAUGGGGGUGCUGGUGGUGCCUCUAGGGGCCACCAUUGUGGUGACGGGGGAGUGGCAACCCAACAGUAAUACGGCCUGCGAGCUGUGGACAUCGGUGGAUGUGCUAUGCGUGACAGCCAGCAUCGAGACGUUGUGCGUGAUCGCCGUGGACCGUUACAUCGCCAUCACGCACCCGCUGCGCCACAAGGUCCUGUUGAAUAAGUGGCGGGCUCGGCUGAUCGUGUGCUUGGUGUGGGUGCUGUCGGCGCUCAUCUCCUUCGUGCCUAUCAUGAACCAGUACUGGCGCGCGGUGGGUGACGAAGAAGCCAAGCAGUGCUACGACGACCCGAAAUGCUGCGACUUUGUCACCAACAUGCCCUACGCCAUCAGCUCGUCCGUGGUGUCCUUCUACAUCCCGCUGCUUAUCAUGAUCUUCGUGUACGCCCGCGUCUUCCUCAUCGCCACGCGCCAGGUGCAGCUCAUCGACAAGAGCCGCCAGCGCUUCCAGAACGAGUGGAUGACCCGGCAGCAGCAGCCCAAUCUCCAUGGAAACAACAACUUACCGGGAGGAGGAGGGUGCAGCGGCGCUGGUGGUGGGAACGGUGGUGGCGGCUCUAACCCCAAACGGAAGAGCUCGCGGCGGCGGCCAUCGCGGCUGACCGUGGUCAAGGAACACAAGGCCUUGAAGACGCUGGGCAUCAUCAUGGGCACGUUCACCCUCUGCUGGCUGCCCUUCUUCGUGGCCAACAUCAUCAACAACGUGUUUGACCGGAACGUGCCCACCAAGUGGGUCUUCCGCCUACUGAACUGGCUGGGUUACAUCAACUCGGGACUCAACCCCAUCAUCUACUGCCGGAGCCCGGAGUUCCGCAUCGCCUUCAAGAGCCUCCUGGGCUGCCCGUGGCUGCCCACGCCCAGCAUGAACUCCCUGUACAAGGAGCUGAGGACUCGCUGCCCGUGCUUCCUGGGUUCGGCUGAGGCCGGCAUGGCCGGCUCGUUCCAGAAGGCGCCCUCGGUGGCGGCACCGGGGCCCGAGUGCCAGGGCAUCGAGGGUAAUGAGAGCCUUCAUAGCAGCCAGAGCAGCUACCGGAGCGAAGAGCUUUCGCCAGGAGCACCGCACUCCAACGGAAGCACGCACUUCAGCGAAUUCUCCGAGCCGGAGACUGAAUUUUUCACUCUACAGGAGAAAGAUGGAUGAGAGACAACGGUGACACCCACACUCUGACAAAUGAAAGCUCUGGUGUCUUCAGAGGAUGUCAGGAGCACACAGCACCAGAGAGGGCUGAAGGCAUUGGGCCAGAGACUGAUCAUAAAGGCGUCUCGGAAACACCAGUCCCAGACUAGACAAAAUAUACAACCAAAACAACAACAACAACAACAAGAGGUCAGAUGCUACCUCUUGGGCCAUCACAGUCAGGGGAGCAGGUUCCACAGGUAACUCGGAUCAGACCAGUUGAACUGGAGUUGUGGUCUCCACUGCUUGGCGCUCAUAUGGACGUCAGGCAUAGAUGAGUGAACUGACCAGUCAUGACAUCCUUGGAAUAUCUGGGCCACUAAAGUCAUCCCCAUCCCUAGCCAAGAGCCCAUCAUUCCAUCCCCAAACACAACUGUAUGUUAGGAUGUAUUCUUUCAAAACACAUAAAUGGAUGCCUGUAUACCAUAAGAAAUUCACAGCAACAAUUCAAUGUGGAUAUUUAAAUACAUUUAAACACAUCUGGUACAGUGUACAUGUAUAUGAAAAAAAUGGUAGAAGUUCAAAUUAGAUUUUUGUAUUUUCUGUUGUUGUGUUAAGUUAUUUUGUUUUAUUUAUUAUAUAAUUUCCCAAUCUGUGGAUGUAAAUUUUAAAGAAUGCUGCAGGAAUAGAGUUCUUUUUUUUGUGCCGUCAGUCCAGCUUGUAGCACACUUUACUUUUUCUAAAGUAUAAGCUAAAUCCUGCAGCACUGCUUUCUGUAUAAACUGCCCAAAUCCCAUAUGAUCUCAUAGUAAGUGUGAGACACAUGCAGUAGAGAACUGGGAGAGAACUGUCUGACAUUAGGCAAAAUCUUCACAAGACUGACAUGCUUUAAAGUAACCUCAUUUAUUGACAUCUUGAAUGUCUCUGUGAGUAAAAAAAAAAAAAAAUAUAUAUAUAUACAUAUAAUGUGAAUUACCAUCUAAAUAAUUUUCAGUUCAGUGUAAAGGCAGUUUAUGCCUGUCCCGGACACUGCCAAAACAUGUCCAAAUACUUCACUGAAAACCAGUAACAGUCAUAAAAUAUUCCUGAUAUUCUUUGGACUGAUUCUUUCAAGAAUAGAUCAGAAGCUGAAAAACAAUAUUCCAGAUUCAUGUUUCAGGGUGUGCAGAGAUCAGAUCAGAUCUUCUACUUCUUAUCCUCAUCUUUUGAGAUGAUCCAUUUAUGUUGCUGCUACAAAUACCUUUCUUUGUCCUUUUACAACCUACUCAAAGCUUGUGAGCAUAAUAUCUUGUAUCAUCAUCCUUCGUUCCUCACCAUUUUUGAGCAUUAGCCUCCCGGAUCUGUAUAUAAUGAUGUAGAGAAAUGUCACGCACAAUUUUUCUUGUUUUUGUUUCUUGUUUUUUUAUUAUUAAAAAUGUCUUCAUGGUGAA